UUUCAUUCACAAGUGAACGCGAAGGUUGAAUGCAUGUGUUGUGUUGAUUCAAAACAAAACAUAAUCGUGUCUAAUCGAACUGUCGCCUUUCCAAACAAAAAAUCUCAAGCGGUUCCAAACAUGUCGUUUACUAUUUUUGUUAAAUCAAAAUUCUAGUGUAACCAGAAACAGAACAAUAAUUUUUAGGCAAAUAUAAAUUCUCCGCGACAGUGCGCAAAGAUAAUACAAAUGGACGGCUCGAACAUCGAUCACAGUGAUUCAGACUCCGGAGAAAGCUGGACCUUGCUGGAAGAUGCCCCAACUUAUGCUGAUGAUGCUCUAGACUACUGCGACAUAGUUCCCAAACAGGGGGACACCGCGGAGAAUAUCGAGAAAGAUGAAGACACCGAUGGUAUCUCCGUCAUCACCGACAGCGAACCGGAGUCCAUUCCGUGUGAAGUUACCGACGACAUGCCCAAACCAGAGACCCGUCCAACAGACCUACCCCAGUUCAUUUCGGUCCCGUACCCCGACAAUAAACACGAUGAAUCCAUAAGAAGCACAGAUGACUUACUCGGAGACAACAGCAGAAAGUUCAAAACGUAUGUCCACAGGAGGAAUAAACGGCUGAGCACCGUACUCAACAUCAUAAUGCUUGGCAGUGUCAUCACGGCAGCAGGCGUUGCCAUAGGGCAUAUGUGGGGGGUCAGAGAUGACUGCUGCAUGCACACUACACCUUCUGUCAACAAAAUACUAUCUAACCUCUAUAAACUUCAAGAAGAAAACGCCUACUUACGCAACAAGCUAAAAGAAUUGACAUUGCUAAAUAAUAUAAAGCUGCAAAAAUCAGCAGAUAAAGGUCUAAAGCCGCCUCGUUGUAAAAAAAUGUUUGAAGCCCCACUAAACAGCGAAAAUGUCAACAAACUGACGAAAUGCCUUGACGAAGAUAAUGAGAAGAAGUUACUGGAUAACACACAACUGCCGUAUGAAAAAGACUAUCUACGUGAUGUAGAUAAGCUUAAGAAUGUUUAUAUGCAAAAUAGAAGCUGGCUGGAUGAAGCUAUCGCAAGGAGGUUGAAAAAUGAAAAGCAACAAGCUAUAAAAGAUAAAAAAAGUUUAAGAAGCGUACUGGUCGAGGAGAAAUUAAAUCAACAGAAAGGAGAAAAAAACGAAGGAUUCAAUAUAAAUCUAAUCCCAGAAAUAGAGAUAACAAUUGCUGAGGACGUCAAACCAUCACAAGGAAAGAAAAUCACGUACGCAGACUCGCUGAGAUCUGAUAACAAAACAAAACACACUUCCGAUAGAGAUAACUUUGAAGGUGAAGAAAUAAGGACAAAUUACCGCAAGAAAAGGCCAAAGCGAUCAAUUGUUUCGCAAGAAAAAAAGUUAGUAGAAGAAAGUGAGGAAGAGUUUAAAAAGGACGACAGAUAUAUGGCACCAAGACCUAGACAGGAAAGGAAACGCGAUCGCCACCACCCGAACAGGAAGCAGAAAAGGAAAAAUAAAUAUGAAAAAUUUGAAAUCAACAACUACAUCAACGAUGAUGAAUUUUCAGUAACUUCUUCUCAAGAGAACGACUUCAUUCUUAAACAAGACGAGAACGAGCAUAGUCAUGAUUUUGAACGGAGUAUUUAUAUAGACCAGUUUGGAGAAGCUAAAGACACGAGAUCUACUCAAACUAAUUUCAAGCGUAAAGAAAAGCCAUUGAAGGGAGAGAAAAAUGUCAAACCUAAAGAAAAAGAUGCUUCAUGGUAUGAGAAACGUGCUAUGUUGCGUACAGAGGCUAGAAAAAAACUAGAGCAUGAAUUGUUCGGGGACAAUAAUUCAAACAGCGGCUGGUAUUUCAAGCGUAUGCAGAAAAGAGAGCAAUGCCGCGUAAAGGGAGAUAACAGCACUCACCGAAAGCACGAAAAGUCCAAGCGAGCCAUGAAUUUCAAGACAAAACGCUAGUAAAGUAAGAUAUGUUGACACUUCUAGUAUUAAAAGCAGAUUAGAAUGGUUUCAUGUAGAUUGUUGUGAUGUUGUUCGUAGAAACUGUUAAAGAUCGGGCUGGAUGCUGACUUUGUUCUUCACUUCAUUCUACACUAUCUGCUGAAUUACUGAUGUAUUCUAUUGCAUUUGCUAUAAGCAUCUGAGAGAUCUUUCUUAGAAUAGCCACCUCAAAGGUGCUUACUAAGUGAAGUCGGCAGCUUGUAACUAAGCGGGCAAAGUUAUUUUAUUGGACCUUUGUGGCCCAUGAACAUAUUCAAAGAUUAGAUGAGUUCAAGAGGAGAGAAAUGUUAUAAUUUCUCCAAAAAAUAUACAUAUUUUAACUAUAAUAAAGGGUUAUUGACACAGACCUUUUUGAAUACGUUGUUCGCUGAGCAUUUUUUUGCUGCUGACUACAUUCUUAUUAUGUUUCUAUAGCAUAUCAAGCUUUUUUGGUGCUUGUCGCCAAAUAAGUAGCUUUUCAUUGACAUCAAGUCAAUUCUACAUUUUAUACUAUUUCUAUCAAUGUUACCAUAAGCUAAUAUUACUAGUGACACCUACGUUUUGCUUUUUAGCUGUUGGGCACAUAUAGCUCAUUUUCACUACCCAGGGGUCUAUUCGACUCGUAAAACAGGUUAAAGGCUGUAUGGUAGCCAGGUCACGCCUGUCACUUGUACGACUCGAAAGGCCCCCCUGGUUACUAAUAGACUACUUAAAGUAUUUGAUUAUCUUGACAUGACUAUGAUGGUAUUUGUGUUAAGGGGUUGACCCCUAUAAAAACACCUGAUAAAUAGUAUUAGUUUAUUUUGUAGGUAUUAUUUACACUUGCCCUUAUGGAUUCAUACAUCCAGUGAUAUUUAAUUUUAAGCAAUCUUCAAAAUUGACAGGUAUUAAUUAAAUUCGAUUAAAAAUC